AUGUUGGAUUUCGAAUUUAUUUUAUAUAUUGCAAUAUUUAUUAAUAUUUGUGGUUUUGCAUUUGUCUCUUUUCUAAUACUCUUCUACUCUCCAAAACCACGAAAACCAUUAAAUUCUGAAAAGUAUUAUCAGUCAGCACAUCAUGAUAAACCACAAAAACUCAAGAGUAUAUUUGACAAUCCAUCAGUAGAAUUAUCGGUGGUGGUACCUGCAUAUAAUGAAUCAAAACGUUUACCAGAAAUGUUGGAAGAAGCGAUCGAAUUUCUAGAACAAAAAAGAGUAUCAGACAAAAAUUUUAGUUAUGAAAUUUUGGUGGUUGAUGAUGGAAGUCAAGAUGAUACAACAGAUGUUGCUUUGAAAAUUGGCAAAAAACAUUUAAAUAUUGAUUUGAAAGUUUUAAGGUUGGAAAAAAAUAGAAAGAAGGGUGGUGCUGUUACUCAGGGUGUGUUAUCAGCCAGUGGUAAAUAUGUUUUAUUUGCUGAUGCAGAUGGAGCAACAAAAUUUUCUGAUUUAGAAAUUUUGGAGAAAGGAACAAAGAAAAUUGUGAACGAUGAUGGUUUUGGUGUUGGUGUUGGUUCUAGAUCUCACCUAGUAAAUACUGAUGCCGUAGUAAAGGGGUGGAUAUUUGACAUAGAAGUUUUACUGAUUGCAAAUUAUUUGAAAAUACCAAUCAUUGAAGUACCUGUCAAUUGGAAAGAAAUUGAUGGUUCAAAAGUUUCAUUAAUUAAAGAUUCUUUGUUCAUGGCUUUAGAUUUGUUAGUUAUUAGACUUAAUUAUUGGCUUAGAUUCUGGAAAAUUAAAGAUCCACAUUUAUUAAAACUUAAAUCUGAAUGA